GGGGCGGCUGCCGCCGGUGGGCCGCAGAUGAAGAGGAGGCGGCGGCAGUGGUGGAAGAAGAGGCGGCGGCGGCGCGGGUAGGGAGCCUGGAAACGCGAGCGGGGAUGGUAGGUGGUUUGGACCCGCCGGGCCGCCGUCGUUUCCAGAAAGGGUUUGACUGGAGGAACCUCUGGAGCAGCUAACCGUAACAAAAAGAAUGACUACUGUUCUCACAAUUGAUUUGGAACCAUUGUUUAAAAAGUCCAAAAUUCAUUCAUUCAGCAAGCAUUAUUGACGAGCAAAUGUUGAUACCAGUGAACCAGGAUCAGUUCUCCCUAAAUGUUGCACAGUGUUCUGAAGCUCUUUGUACAAAGGACCAGUGAGUUUGAGGGCAAAAAACAAAGCUGAUCUCUAGUUAACUAAUUUUCAAUUUGUGACUACUGAAUUCCUCAGAAGGAGACUGAAAAGUGCACAGGUGAUGUGGUAAUUGGGUGUUUGAGGACUAAUCAACCACAAUCAGGUUGGCUAGCUCCUCUGGCUGAUGGCAUGUUGAGGCACAUGGGCCAGUGGCAGCGAGGGCAUCUGAUCCAGAGGGGGCCACUCUAGAGGCCAGGCCACCAGCACCAUGGGCCAGUGUGUCACCAAGUGCAAGAAUCCCUCAUCAACCCUGGGCAGCAAGAAUGGAGACCGUGACCCCAGCAGCAAGUCACACAGCAGGCGGGGUGCAGGCCACCGCGAGGAACAGCCACCAGCCUGUGGCAAGCCAGGUGGGGAUAUCCUUGUCAAUGGGACCAAGAAGGCAGAGGCUGUCACCGAACCCUGCCAGCUGCCAACGUCCUCUGGAGAUGCUGGGAGGGAGCCCAAGUCCAAUGCCGAGGAGUCUUCCCUGCAGAGGUUGGAAGAACUGUUCCGGCGUUACAAGGACGAGCGGGAGGAUGCAAUUUUGGAGGAAGGCAUGGAGCGCUUUUGCAAUGACUUAUGUGUUGACCCCACGGAAUUUCGAGUGCUGCUCUUGGCUUGGAAGUUCCAGGCUGCUACCAUGUGCAAAUUCACCAGGAAGGAGUUUUUUGAUGGCUGCAAAGCAAUAAGUGCAGACAGCAUUGAUGGGAUCUGUGCACGGUUCCCUAGCCUCUUAACAGAAGCCAAACAAGAGGAUAAAUUCAAGGAUCUCUACCGGUUUACAUUUCAGUUUGGCCUGGACUCUGAAGAAGGGCAGCGGUCACUGCAUCGGGAAAUAGCCAUUGCCCUGUGGAAACUAGUCUUUACCCAGAACAAUCCUCCAGUAUUGGACCAAUGGCUAAACUUCCUAACGGAGAACCCCUCGGGGAUCAAGGGCAUCUCCCGGGACACUUGGAACAUGUUCCUUAACUUCACUCAGGUGAUUGGCCCAGACCUCAGCAACUACAGUGAAGAUGAGGCCUGGCCAAGUCUCUUCGAUACCUUUGUGGAGUGGGAAAUGGAGCGAAGGAAAAGAGAAGGGGAAGGGAGAGGUGCACUCAGCUCAGGGCCCGAGGGCUUGUGUCCCGAGGAGCAGACUUAGUGGCUCUAUCCCAGGAGCAGCAGCAGCAGCCGCAGCAAGGAUCUGCCUGCUGCUCUGUAGCCAACUGAGGGAUUGGACCUUUCUGGAAAUUACUGAAGAUCCAGAUAUUUUCUACUUUACACCUUUCUCUGCCUUGUAUCUGAAAGGGCUCUAAAAUGCUGUAUCAUGUUUUAGGCACUUUCUUCACUUUUUGGUUAUUUUGGUUAUUUCUUUUUUUGGGGGGGUUCCCCCAAAAUAUUUGAACCUGGCUACAUGUUGUGUAUCUUUUUUUUGAAGCCUUCAGAUAGAAUAAGCCUGCCAUUUCUUGCACAAAUUAGAUUUUUUUUUUUUUUGUGGGGGAGGGUAUAGAGCAGGGAGGGGGGAAUGGGAUGGUUAGGUUGAAUUAACAUUACAAGAUGAUACAGUGCCAGAUCUCAGUUUUGCAAAUUCUGUUUUUCAGGGCAGGUCUGUACUGUGUGUAGUGCUGUUUACAUGGUUGGAUUUAGGUUAUAAUAAUUAUUUUAAAAGAUUUACACAGAAUUGAAUAGCAGUGUUAACUGUUAACCAUAUUGCAUUAAUUCCCAGGCGAUUUAAAGCUCUUGGAGAGCCAAGGCCAGCCAAGAGCAUUUGUAGUCUGGUGACAACCCCCUUUUAAGCUAAUUUAUCCGAACCCCUUUUCUUCACUUCUUGCUCAUUCCUUCUUUGACCUAUUUCAUUUCAUGUUGCAUUUAUCCAUCAACAUGCUGCACCUGUCAGUCAAGUGAGCAGUUUUUUUUAUACCACAUUGUACUGAGAACCACUUAAGCAUUGAAUGCAGAGAAAGCAGUGCUACCUCAGUUUUGCUGGAAGUAGACUUUGAUAGUUUUCUUUUUUUUUUUUUUUGAUGAAUUUUCUGUAUUUUCAUGUUGUAGGUGAAAAUACCUUUUUUUUUUUUUUUUUUUUUUUUUUUUUUUUUUUCCUUGGAGCCAAAGUUUCUGUUCCUGGUGGUCGGAAAACUGUGCCUGCCGGCCAACUGACUUGAAGGAAAACUGUGGUAUGGAGCUCUGCUUGAAUUUUUUUUUUUUUUAAUUUUUUUUUUGAUUAUCAUCAGCUUACUUGUCUGGCAAGUGCAGAAGCCUGGGACUGGCCUGAACUCUGCCAAACAAAUAUAGAAGUGUAUUUAAUAGUUAAACUUGUGCCCUUUCCCUUCUUGCUGCACCCAUGUUGUCACUUAAUCCCCAGGAGUUAUUUAUUACCUUCUUUGUUAAUGUCAAGCUCAUUUGGGGUAAUGUGAUAACUGUUUAGGUUUACAUGACCCUCCUCUCUUUUUCCCUACCCCCAAAUAUGUAUAUAUACAUAUAUAAGAUAU